AUGAAGUCUAUCUACUCUCUUGCUGUAUUUUGCGGUCUUGCUCUGGCUCAGAAUGCUCUGAUCGGACUUCCCAAGGCCGGCCAGACUGUCGCUCCUGGUGACGACCUCAUUGUUCAAGUCCAGCGCCCAAAUACUGCUUCCGCUUCUAGGGAAGUUGCCGUUGUAAUCGGCAUUGCCGAUUGUACUUACGGUUGCUGGCCUGCCAGCGAAGCCGUUGGUACUAUCCUUUACAACGGUCCAUUCGAUCCAGUGUACCAUGAGACCUACAUGCCGCCUUACCAGAACUACACUAUCACUGUUCCUUCCACCUUUCCAGCAGGGAACCACCAGCUCAACGUGGCCCAUUUUUAUCUUGUCGGAGCUGGUCCACAACCCUAUGUGCAGGCUCUGAACGAGACUAUUGUCAUCAGUUAA